GAAAAGAGCAGCUGCGACCCACUUGUGCUCAUGCACACCGAGCUUUGGAAGUCAGCCCCAGCUUCUUGUUGGAGAAGGGGAAGGAACUUCUGACCAAAGACGAACUUUUGUACGUCACUGCUUCGGAAGACCUGCCAGUAGAGAAGACCAAGAGAGAACAAACCCAGAAAGAGGAGAUUUCGUCGUCGGACGACUUGGGAGCUUCGGACAGCGAAGGAGAGGAUGCCGUCAUGAACCUGCUGUUGAAAGCUCAAGGCAGCAGGCCAAAAAAGGCUACCAGUUCCGUGUCAAAGAGAAAAGACAGCGAGUCCAAGACGGUGAGGUACCCGCUCCUAGAAGGGCAAAAGAACCAGAAAAGCGCUUCAGCCGUUGGGUUCGACAAGCUGGUGGAGCGAAUCGUUGCUGCCGAGGGCCAGGAGCCAGCAGAGACCAACCUCAACACGCUCCUGAGCUUAGAAGUUCUCAAGUCCUUGAAGGACAAGAAGUCGAAGAGGAGGAUGUCAAGCACCGAGCGGUCCAGCGAAAGCGAUACAAGCUCGUCGGACUCAGACGACCCGAGGCCGAGAGGUCCCAAGUUCGGAGGGGAGCCAGACCAGUUAGAAAAGAUUGCCUCUUACGUGAAAGCCAUGACAGAGCUAGAAAAGAGGAGCCUUCACGGUGGAGGGCAAGAGGACGACAGCCAAGAGAAGAAAGGCCGAGGAAAAGGCAAGAAUCGCAGCAAGACCGGGGUGCACGACGAGAUCAGCAAAGG